UCUUUCUGGUCCUAUUAUACACUUCCUUCUCUGACUUGGCAAGAUCAGUGAGAUAGACCGCAUGAGGCCUCGUGAAUGAGCGUACUAUAGUAUCACCAAAAUCCCCCUCGCUGCCAGACUCGUCGUCUCCGAUCGUCAAAAGCAUAGACAAAGCUCGAAACUUUUAGAGAGAGAGAGAGAAUGUUGGCGGCGGAAGAAUGGCUGAAAAGGCGUUGGUGGAUCUCUACAGGAAGAUGGAAACGGGGGGUUUAGAUAAGGAUAUGAUAUCAGGUUUGGUCUCCUACUGCGAGCUCGCCAAUCCUCAUGACGCCAAAGAAUACCUCGACAACAUAAUCGGGCAGGAGGUCGGCAAAUUUGUGAUUGAGGAAUAUUUGCAAAAACGAGGUCGCUCAGAUUUUUGCAGCAGCACCCUUGUUGUUUCAACCUCAAGUUUGCAUGCCUAUGUUAAACCACCCUCAAAUGAAGGUUGUGCAAGUGGAAACAAGAAACUGUUAAAAACACCGAAAAUGGCUAAAGUCUUACGUGAUCAAGCAGCUUUUAGCAAUCAAGUGAAGCAACUUUCAAGUUCAAAUAAUACAAACCCAGGUAAUUCUAAGAAGAAGAAAGCAGGGAAAGUCGUUUCACUUGCAGAGGCUGCCAAAUGAUCAAUUGUAUUCAACCAAAGGAAGCCAUGCUUAACUAUGUUGUCUCGUAGAGAGCCACGUUCUUCGAUUAAGUCUAGUUUCCCCGAUAUUGCUCAGUUAGGGGAAGAUAUAGUCAAUGCUAUUCAAUCUUCGCUUCGUCCUCCCCAGAUGACUCCCAUGGAGACUAUGUAUAAUUUGAAGUUGGAUAAGUUUGUGGGUAGUGAAGGACAUGAGGGAGCUGAGCAGUGGCUCAAUCAUCUUGAGAAAACUUUUCGUUUAAUGCAAAGACAGGGAAAUCUCCCUGAGGAUAAGUGGGUUAAGACGACUACUUGGAUGCAGGCUCCUGACCUAAAACCUAGGGGCAAUGUGGGAUCUAACAAUGCUCAUGCCAAGCCCGUCGCACACAGACUUGUGAGCAAUUGUUUAUCUUGUAGGAAUAUAGUUUGUGAGGAAGGGGGCGAGGGGCCUUGCAAUUUUUGUGGAGCUCUUAUGCUGAAGGAAGGCAGCACGUAUGUUGGUUUGGAGGAAAGUUUUGCUCCCACAUCAGAUGCUGAAGCAGUAGCAGAAGCUUAUGCAAAGAGACUCGUUGAGUAUGACUGAGACUCUGCAACACGUACUAUAGUUAUUGAUGACCAGAGUGACUACUAUGAAAUUGAGGGGAAUAGUUGGUUGUUAAAGGAUGAAAAUGAACUUUUGACAAAGAAGCAGGAGGAGAUUGUAGAAGUUGAGCAGAUCAAACGAAGUAAAGUAGUUGUAUCUUUUGACUUGGUUGGUCGCAAGGUCCUUGUAAAUGAAGAUGAAGCUUCUGAAGUAGAAUCAGAAAGCAGAAUAUUGAGGCCCCAGGAUGAAAAGGAAGUAAACUGCAUCAAACCAAACCUUUCUCUUAAAGUACAACCAGUCUUUGUGGAUCCGGGCCCUAGUAAGAAGCCUGUUCAAGGUAGAAAGGCAAACAAGACCCUAACAAAAGGCUUGUGCUUGGAGAUAACCGGGAGGGUGCAACAUGUCAUCGAUGAAUUGAAACAUUUUAUGGUGGACAAUCAACUGGAAACUGCUUCAAAUGGGAAGUUUUCGCAAGGGACGCCUGUAAGUAGGGAGUAGCUUGAUGAUGAUGGAGAAUGUUUUCUGGAUUUCCAUGGAGGGCAGGUUUGUGGUUUCAUUUUUACUUUGCUCCAACUUCUGUUGUUUUGGAAGGAUAAAAAGAACAAAGGGGUUGAAUGAAAUAUACAAGUUUCAGAACACCAUUAGCUAUAUUAUAAUCUUCCCUUUCAUUGCUUG